UUUUGGUUUAUCAUCGGUAAAGUUUACGUCAAAACAUUGUUAACUUACGGUCGUUUCAUUAAGUCACGUGAUAAUUUGCUUUACGAAACAGGUAACAGUUUUGUUUUGAUGGAUAUCUGCGGUGGUAAAUUGUAAGAAUAAAAACAACAAUGAACAGAUAUUCAAAUGAUUCCAGCGGUGUUGCGGCAGUCAUGGGAAGUGGCUCUUACAUCAAUCCAGCAGAGAGGGAUCAGGGUGGCAAUCGAUUUGAAGCACAGAAACAGGAUCAAGUUUCAUUGCAACGUUCGAAAGAAGCCAGCAAGCAAAUGCUGUACGGUGUAUUUUGCAACGUUAUUGCCAUAUUAGAGGAAUUUGAGCAACGAGAGCGACCCGACCGGUGCAGACCUCUAGAAUCGUCCCGGCUGAAAAUAUCAGACCAAAGAAGAAAGUCAAAUGAAGAUAUUAAGCACAUUCUUGAGACCCAGCUACUGCUGUUUGAAAAACAAUCCAACUCGUGCCCGGCGGAAGUGCGAAACGAAGUUGUCGAGGAAUUGAAGAAGAAGGUGCUGCAGUGGGCUGGUUUUCGGGCAGAUGAGAAUUGUGAAGACCAAAGAACUGACAUCUACGUGGCACAACUCUAUGAAAUACUAGUUCGCGGAAAGUCUGACCACAACUGUUACCAUCGCCCAAGUCCCGAGGUUUCCGAACGCACUAUUCAAGAAACUAUGCCGUACAUUAUGAGUGGCAAACAUGACCAAAUGGAACUUGACAGAGAAUUUAAAGACAAUCGAGCAAAGACAGCGACAUGCCCAUACACUCGUCGCUCAAGGAACAUUUCUGGUGGCGCCGCUCGGAUUGUGCGUGGACAACCAGACCUUAAUUAUGAGGUUGGGAGAGAUCUGCAGCGCCUUAAUGCCGUUGAUAUGAAAUAAACAAUGAACUCAUAAAGUGCACUUCAGAACUACUUUUCUAACACAGUAGUUGUCGGUUCAAAAUUAGGGUUGUUUUUCUUAACUGUGUGUUAUAAAAAGACAGUGUUCUGUUUUACAAUAAAAAAUGUUUAGAAUAAAGAUAUAAUGCUUA